UUCAUGGUGAAAAUCAUGUCUGAUGAUGCUGCGUCUGAUUAGCAUAUCUUGCUGUGAUUGGCUAAUUCACUGAGUAAACAGGCAUGUGGAUGUGCGCUGGGUCCUUGGGCAGUGCUGCUCUGUGAGCUACAUUAUGAAGUAGGCUCUGUGAUGGUAAGUUAACUAUCAAUAACUAGUCAGCUAUAAUUUAUUAUGCUAUUUUUUUAAGGUAAAACUUGAGUUUUUGCAGUGCAAGACUUUGUUUUUUUGUGGAAAAGCUUCCGUUAUGAUCAGAGGAUUCUCAUGGGUAUUGGUUUAGUCCUAUACACUGUGAGUCCCUCUGAUCUACUGUUUUAAAUAAUACUGCUUCAUGUUUUCUUUCACAGUUUAACAAAAGAAUUCCAUCUGUUCCUCUGUGUCUUUCAGUCUCCUCCUCAUUUCUCUCUCUCUCCACCCUUUUCUCUAUGACACUUCACCAAACACAGAAGCAGGAAGCCACUCCUACUCAGUUCAGAGGAAGCGAAACUGAUCUCAGAGAGCUGCUCUCUCUCAGUCUGUGAGGGCAGGAAAAUGGCCAGUAUUUCAAUAGAUCAGGACCAGUUCAGCUGUCCAGUCUGCCUGGCUCUGCUGAAGGACCCAGUGGCUAUUCCCUGUGGACACAGUUUCUGUAUGGUGUGUAUUAAUGGCUGCUGGGAUCAGGAGGAUCAGUGGGGGUUCUACAGCUGCCCCCAGUGCAGAGAGACCUUCACUCCAAAGCCUGUUCUACGCAGAAACAACAUGCUGGCUGAAGUGGUGGAGAAACUGAAGAAGACAGAACUCCAAGCUGGUUCUCCUGCUCUCUGUUAUGCUGGACCUGGAGAUGUGGAGUGUGAUUCCUGCACUGGGAGAAAACGCAAAGCCAUCAAGUCGUGUUUGGUGUGUCUGGCUUCUUACUGUGAAGCUCAUCUUAAACCUCACUAUCAGUCUCCUGCCUUUAAGAAGCACAAGCUGGUCGAAGCCUCCAAACAGCUACAAGAGAAGAUCUGCUCUCAACAUGAUGAAGUGAUGAAGAUCUACUGUCGUACUGACCACAGCUGCAUCUGCUAUUUGUGUACGAUGGAGGGACACAAAGGCCACGAUACCAUUUCAGCUGCAGCAGAGAGAAACCAGAAACAGUUUCAACUGAUGGCAAUGCAGAGGAGAUCUCAGCAGAGACUCCAGGAGAAAGAGAAGAAGCUGCAGGAGGUGAAACAGGCUGUGAAGACUCUUAAGAGCUCUGCACAGGCAGCAGUGGAGGACAGUGAGAGGAUCUUUACUGAGCUGAUCCGCUCCAUUGAGAAAAAGCGCUCUGAGGUAACAGAGCUGAUCAGAGCUCAGGAGGAGGCUCAACUGAGUGGAGCUGAAGAACUCCUGGAGCAACUGGAGCAGGAGAUUGCUGAUCUAAAGAGGAGAGACACUGAGCUGGAGCAGCUUUCACACACAGAUGAUCACGUCCAGUUCCUCCAGAGCUUCCAGUCUCUCUGUGUCUUUUCUGGAUCUGAGGACUCCUCCAGCCUCACUGUCCAUCAACAUCUCUCAUUUGAUGGAGUGAGGAAAUCUCUCUCUGAUCUGAAGGAGAGACUAGAGGAAUUCUGCAAGCAGGACUUCAGGAAAAUCUCUACACAUGCUGGAGUAGUUCAGACUUUACCCUCAGAGCCAAAAACCAGAGAUUAUCUACAGUCUCUUCAGAUGAUUUCACCCUCAGAGCCAAAAACCAGGGGUUUUCUACAGUGUGGAGAUACCCAACUGAAAAGAGAGCAUGAGACGCCUUCAAGUUCAGCGAGAGCUCCAGUUCCAGCAGUUCGAAUGAUUUUACCCUCAAAGCCAAAAACCAGAGAAGAUUUUCUACAGUAUUUCCGUAAGCUGACUCUGGAUCCCAACACCGUAAAUCAGUACCUCAUUUUGUCUGAGGAGAACAGAGUGGUGAAGGAUGGGUUCCAGCGAUACUAUGAUCACCCAGAAAGAUUUACCUACUGGCAUCAGGUGUUGAGUAAGGAGAGUGUGAGUGGACGCUGUUACUGGGAGUUUGAGUGGAGCAGUGUGGGACGGGGGUAUGUGUAUGUAGCUGUCUCGUAUAAAGAGAUCAACAGGAAAGGAUGCAGUAACACCUGUGGGUUUGGACAAACCAAUGAGUCCUGGACUCUGCGGUGCUCUUUCCCUCUUACCCUCUAUCACAACAAUGGUAAGACUGAUAUCCCAGGCCGAUCAUCAUCCAGAAUAGGAGUGUAUGUGGAUCACAGUGCAGGAAUCCUGUCCUUCUACAGCGUCUCUGACACACUGACCCUCCUACACAGAGUCCACACCACAUUCACUCAGCCGCUCUAUGCUGGAUUCAGGGUUUUUAGGGGAAUGGUGAGGUUAUGCGAUCCUGAAUAAUGGGUCUAUAAUGUUAGGACAGGUAAUACAUGGAUUAGAAGAAACAUUUGCAUUGGUGCAGUACUGAAUUAGUUGGAUUUAGUAGGGAUGCUCCAUCAUGUCCCUCGAUCACCUCCAGCUGAGUAGCCCAUCGCUUCUGAAGUCGUCCACUUUGUUUUCAAGGCAGAGAGCAUAAAGGAAUGGCUGAACUUUUGGGACUCCUGCCACGAUGUAGCCGGGCUGAGGAGCUGCCUGACUCAGUCACUGUGGCAGAUUUCUGGCCUUGUUUGCGCAGCACACCGUGGACCAGAUUCUCCAGAUUCGUGGACCAGAUGUUCCAACAGUGUCUGUUGGAUGGGAAGCAGUACAUGGGACACACACAUAUGAGACCAAUGACUUGAGAAACACAAUAAAGCUGAAGUUGGUUUCUCUUUUCAAAUUUUCCGCUCCACCUUAAAUGGUGAAGCAGCAUUCAGGUGCCAGAAUGUAACUGCUGCUCCAUUUACAGUGAAGCUAAAAUAUAGGAAUGAAAAUCUGCCAAAUAGAGCUUUGUAGAAAUGUAAAUUAGAAAAGUAAGAUUUUACCACUGUUUUCGCUGACAUAGUUUUCUCUAUAUAUUAUUCAGUGUUGUGUUUUUUUUUUUUUUACUAUUUUGCACAAUUUAUGUUUCUGAUUUACCUUGGAUGUUAAAGUGGGUCAAAUUGAGGGGACGAACACAUCAAAUUAGAUGUUUCUCUGUGUUUCUAUUAAUAUCUCUGUAAUAAGACUGCAGAAAUAUGCUUCAAACAGCUCUGUCUAUAUUUAGCAUGAAACUGACCAACGGGCGCUCAGGAAAUCACUAAGGACUUGACCCUCAUGCAGCGAUGAAGAGAACAUUUGUUCACUAUUUUAUUCACACAUUCCACUACUUUUGUGAACGUAAGACUUUGCUAAACCUUUUUUUCAAGCACCAAAACAAUUUAUUCACAUGAGUAUAGCUGUGUUUUCACAAGAGAUAUUAAGAAUUUCUAAAUCCGGAUUCCCUUUGUUUUCAGCUUUCAGAGAGAGGUUGCACAUUUUCGUGGGAAAAGGAAUGUAGAAUAUUCACACGUUGCUGGUUUACUUUAAAUAAACCAUUUUCCCACA